UCGAGGAACGAAAAUGCCUGAACCUGCGAAGUCCGCGCCCAAGAAGGGCUCCAAGAAAGCCGUGACCAAGACCGCCGGCAAGGGCGGCAAGAAGAAGAGAAAGACCAGGAAGGAGAGCUACGCCAUCUACGUGUACAAGGUGCUGAAGCAGGUCCACCCCGACACCGGGAUCUCCUCCAAAGCCAUGAGCAUCAUGAACUCGUUUGUCAACGACAUCUUCGAGCGCAUCGCUGCCGAGGCCUCUCGCCUGGCCCACUACAACAAGCGAUCCACCAUCACGUCCAGGGAGAUCCAGACCGCAGUGCGCCUGCUCCUCCCCGGUGAGCUGGCCAAGCACGCAGUGUCUGAGGGCACCAAGGCCGUGACCAAGUACACGAGCUCCAAAUAAACAGACUGGCUAUGAGACGUGAACACAACGGCUCUUUUCAGAGCCACACACUAACCUAACGAGCAUUAUUCUUACUGUCCAACUUAGUUACUAAGUUGUUGCCAACUACUUGAAUCGCGGAUGUGGAUUUUGUCACUGGGUGGUAUUAAUCCGCUGUACUGACUGAGACGACUGAAAUGUUAUACUGCUGCUUAGAUUGUAGAAAAGAACUCGCUACAUACGUAGUAUUAAUGCGACUUUGUAUUUGACAGUUUUGCUACAGUUCAAACUUUUCCUUUUAUUCCUGAUAAGCAAAGUUGCAGUUUUCUAUUGCAUGGUCUUGUCUGCUUGUCUGUAUUAAUGAUGGCCAAAACAAGCUUUCUAAAGUUUGUAUUGGGAAAAACUGUUCAUUACUCAAGGCUUUUCAACAGUCCUCUCUGGUGACAUUGGUUUGCCAAAAGUAUGAAGAGCAGCCUGAAUCCACAAAAUAAAACCAACUGCUUUAUUGUUGUCCACUUUACAGAGUGGAAUUCUCUCUGAUAUUGGGCCACCGCUGUGUUGCUUUAAAUGUGUAUUUUUGGGGGUGGAAAAAAAUG